AUGGGUGCGCCCAGCUACCGCCCCCGGUUACCCCCCCGGCUACCCCCCAGUUACCCCCGGCUAACCCCCAGUUACCCCCGGCUACACCCUGUCUACCCCCGGUUACCCCCGGCUAACCCCCAGUUACCCCCCGGCUACACCCUGUCUACCGCCCCCGGUCACCCGCCCGGCUACCCCCGGUUACCCCCGGCUACCCCCGGUUACUCCCUGGCUAACCCCCGGUUACCCCCCAAGCUACACCCUGUCUACUCCCUGGCUAAACCCCGGCUACCCCCACGGUUACCCCCAGUUACAACCCGGCUACCCCCCAGCUACCCCAGCGGUUACUCCCCGGUUACCCCCUGGCUACCCCCCCGUUUACCCCCGGCUACCCCCCCGGUUACCCCCGGUUACUUCCCGGCUACCCCCGGUUACCCCCGGUUACCCCCGGUUACCCCCCGGCUACCCCCGGUUACCCCCGGUUACCCCAAUAAAGCAUUCGCCAACUCCUGGACACAGACCACCCCUACAGCAGACCACCCCCCUACAGCAGACCACCCCUACAGCAGACCACCCCCCACCCCUACAGCAGACCACCCCCCACCCCUACAGCAGACCACCCCUACAGCAGACCACCCCCCACCCCUACAGCAGACCACCCCUACAGCAGACCACCCCCCACCCCUACAGCAGACCACCCCUACAGCAGACCACCCCCACCCCUACAGCAGACCACCCCCACCCCUACAGCAGACCACCCCUACAGCAGACCACCCCCACCCCUACAGCAGACCACCCCCACCCCUACAGCAGACCACCCCUACAGCAGACCACCCCCACCCCUACAGCAGACCACCCCUACAGCAGACCACCCCCACCCCUACAGCAGACCACCCCUACAGCAGACCACCCCCACCCCUACAGCAGACCACCCCUACAGCAGACCACCCCCACCCCUACAGCAGACCACCCCUACAGCAGACCACCCCCACCCCUACAGCAGACCACCCCUACAGCAGACCACCCCCACCCCUACAGCAGACCACCCCUACAGCAGACCACCCCCACCCCUACAGCAGACCACCCCUACAACAGACCACCCCCACCCCUACAGCAGACCACCCCUACAGCAGACCACCCCCACCCCUACAGCAGACCACCCCCCACCCCUACAGCAGACCACCCCCACCCCUACAGCAGACCACCCCUACAGCAGACCACCCCCACCCCUACAGCAGACCACCCCUACAGCAGUCCACCCCCCUCCCUACAGCAGACCACCCCCCCACCCCUACAGCAGACCACCCCCCACCCCUACAGCAGACCACCCCCACCCCUACAGCAGACCACCCCCACCCCUACAGCAGACCACCCCUACAGCAGACCACCCCCCUACAGCAGACCACCCCCACCCCUACAGCAGACCACCCCCACCCCUACAGCAGACCACCCCUACAGCAGACCACCCCCACCCCUACAGCAGACCACCCCUACAGCAGACCACCCCCUACAGCAGACCACCCCUACAGCAGUCCACCCCCUCCCUACAGCAGACCACCCCCACCCCUACAGCAGACCACCCCUCACCCCUACAGCAGACCACCCCCCAUCCCUACAGCGGACCACCCCCACCCCUACAGCAGACCACCCCCCACCCCUACAGCAGACCACCCCUCACCCCUACAGCAGACCACCCCCGCCCCUACAGCAGACCACCCCCACCCCUACAGCGGACCACCCCCACCCCUACAGCAGACCACCCCCCUACAGCAGACCACCCCCACCCCUACAGCAGACCACCCCCCCCCCUACAGCAGACCACCCCCCACCCCUACAGCAGUCCACCCCCCACCCCUACAGCAGGCCACCCCUACAGCAGACCACCCCCACCCCUACAGCAGACCACCCCCACCCCUACAGCAGACCACCCCCCACCCCUACAGCAGACCACCCCCCACCCCUAUAGCAGACCACCCCCACCCCUACAGCGGACCACCCCCACCCCUACAGCAGACCAGCCCUACAGCAGACCACCCCCACCCCUACAGCAGACCAGCCCUACAGCAGACCACCCCUACAGCAGACCACCCCCACCCCUACAGCAGUCCACCCCUACAGCAGACCACCCCCACCCCUACAGCAGACCACCCCUACAGCAGACCACCCCCCCUACAGCAGACCACACCUACAGCAGACCACCCCCCACCCCUACAGCAGACCACCCCCCCACCCCUACAGCAGACCACCCCCCAAAAAAUGGAGAUUAAAUUGCGUCGUAGGUUGAGACACAGCAGCAACAACAACAAACAACAACAACAAACAAAAAAACAUAUCUCUUAA